UUUCACCCAAAAUUAAAAUUCUAAUAUCCCGGGAUAGUGGGAUACUGUACCCACGUCGUCCUCACUAUCAGCUCCAACAUAACCACCGACCUUACUCGCUGCUCUGAAUUUCGCCUAAAAACUUUGAAUCUUCACAAAAAAAGUCCCUAAUUCCUUGAUUUCGGUUAGCAUAUAAUCAUCUCAGUCCAUUUCUUACUUACCUCUUUUUUUUUUUUUCUGUAUAUUUGAAGCGUAUGAUGUGAAUUUCAGAUUGAAUUAAUACUCUUCAUAAUUUGCCAAAAACGUUAUCUUAAUUGAGUUUUGGGGUUAAUUUGUAUUGUGACUUUGGAUUCAUCGUUGCUAGUGUUUGUUGGAGAAAAAUUAUCAAGAUUCAACCCAAAGAUCUCGACAUCAGAGGAGAAGCUGUGGUAUUUGAAGUGCAAAGAAGUGGAAAAUCAAAAGCUAAAAAGCAGGAGAAACAGCUGCAAGAAUUGGAGCAUUCAUCCUUUUGGAUUCUUUUGGUCACUACUUGCUUAGUUUAGCGGACUCUUGAUGACAGCUAUACCAAGUCCCAGAUCAUAAUACUCCUGUGAAGGUAGAGGUACAUGUAUUUGACCCAAGCAACUUAGGAAAGCCAUCAUUAUCUGAGGAUGAGGAGUAAUGAUCUACAUUUAUGACCAGUUUACUUUGCCUGUUGCAGUUGUUUAAUGGUGUCUCAUAAUGAGUUACAGAAGUAAAAGAACUGCUUUAACUCUUGGCGAGGCUCAAUUUUCUUCAAAUAAGCAACCCACUUCAACAUCCUUACAAUCUAAGUCCAGCCAUAUUGCAGUGUCACAAUCCAACUUUUCAGAGUCUUCUAACCCAUCCACCCAAUGGGGACCAUUUAGCCCUCCGAUACUUGGAAGAUCACAAACGUUUGGGCACAUAUCGCAACCAAUCAAAUCUUCUAUUAAUGCAUCAAAACCCACAUCUACAUCAUCUUCAUCUGUAGCUGCUGCAUCAAAAGCAGGUAUGCCAACUAUAAUGCCAUCAAACUCCAAACAUAAGAUGUCAUCAAGACCUCCUUUAACCCCAUCACAACCUAGAUCGUAUCCUAUGUUAUAAUCUGUAACACCACAAACAUCAAAACUCCCUCAUAAAGAAACACUACAGCCUCACAAAGGAACAACUCAACCUACUAAAGCAUCAAAGCAGCAUAAGGCUACAGAGCAUCCGACUAUUCCACCUUUUACUAGAGCUAAAUCUGGUGCACUACUGUCACAAGAAACAACACAAGUCCCUCAUAAAGAAACAACUCAGCCAACUAAAGCAUCAAAGUAGCCUCAAAAAGCUAUAGAACAUCCGAGUAAACAACCUUUUCCUAGAGCUAAAACAGGUGCACGGCUGGUGGGAGCUACACAACAACCUAUUGUCUCUCCUUUGACUGGAGCUAAAUCCCAAUUAGAAAGAAGAGUUGUUUCACCCUUGGAAGCUAUGCAACAAACUCAAAAGAUGCAUCCUAUGACGUCUUCUAAUUUUGGAGGUGAACCCUUGACACAACCUCAAAUAAAUACAACCUGUUCAGUGGGACUCCAAAAGGAGAAGUCUCAUGCAUAUAUUCAUGCUGAAAGCAACAAAAGGUUAAAUUUUGACUCUGACAAACUUGAAUCUCAGUCAGAGAGUGAAGAAGAGUUGACUGAGUCAGGUGGAGUGGACAGUGGUGUGAAAAGAACAAAAUUUAGGCGCCGAAGUAUUGUGAAAAAUUGACCAGAGCAUGUCAAGUUUGAUGAGGAAGAAGAGGUUGUGGCAUUUGAUGUCGAUGGAACACGACACCUUGUGAAGGGUUCUGUUCAGCCUCGAGAUGUGUGGAAUGAUGCACCAGGAUUUAGGUAGUUCGUCCAAUUUAAUGAAUUCAACCAACCUCUUCACAAAGGUGGCUCCAUCCUUGCGAGUUUCUUAGGAGACAUUGCUAAACGAGAAGAAUUUUGUCCCGUGGGAAUUUUAAAUUGGCAUAAGUUGAGCUCGAAUAUGAGAGGCAAUAUUGUUAACCUUGUUCGGGCACAUUUUCUGUUACCCGAAGGAAAGGAAAUGAGGAAUGCUAUUUUGAAGCGUAUUGGCAAAACAUGGAAAAAUCAUAGAUAUGCAUUAAAGAAGGAUUAUUUUGAUCCUGUAGAAAAAACGCGUGAGCAAAAUUAUGCUAGUAUACCUGAUGGUAUCACAACUCAAAAUUGGAGUUUUCUGGUUGAUUAUUGGCUUUCAUCGGACGCCAAGAAAAUGUCUGAACUCGGAAAAGCUGCUCGUGCGUCGCAAGUUCUCGUGCGCAAGAGUGGUGCUAAAAGCUUUGCAAAUCGCAGAGCUAUUCUGAAAAAACAAAAAGGAGAUUUCAGUGAAUUGGAGUUUUUUAAAAGUGUUUACAGCGAAGGAGAUGGAAGCUUCAAAGAGGGCACAACAUCUCGUCAGUUUGUGGUUUUGAAGGCAACACGCAGUGGAAAUGUUUCAUCAGAAGUUAUAGAUUAUGCAAUACAACUACUUGAUUCUCAGGUUGUUGAUGAUGUAGGCAGCAAUGGUAAAAAGUAAAUGAAGAGAGUGAUUUGGCUUCAAGCACUCUUAUUAUAUAUAUGUGUGGGUAUUUAGUAGCUUUGAUAGCGUUGUGUGUAAUUAGUUUGAACAUCUUUUUUAGGAAAAUAUCUAUAUAUCUCUGUAUUCAAAUACUACACUUGUUUAGUUGAAUUGGAUGUAUAACGUUAUUAUGUAAACGGAUUUAUAUAUAUAUGUAUAUAUAUGUGUGUGUGUUU